AACUCCAUGAAAGGGGGCUCACACUAACCACUUUCUUCUCUGCCUUGACGAAGAAGCCACCAGCAAUGAAACUCCAAGCUGCAGCUAUCCUGGUCAUCUUUUGGCUUGGUGUCUUCACUGUCCACACAGUGAGAGGGAGCGCUGGAAGUCAGCCCAUGCGCAAAUUUGCAUGCGUAAACCUAUCCACACAGAGGCUGAACAUCAGACAGCUCGUCAACUAUGAAAAGCAACAAGUCCCAGUGAACGCCAUCAUGUUUAUCACUGAAAAAGGCAUCAAGAUCUGUGUACACCCUGAUCAGAAAUGGGUACAGACUGCUAUAAAGAAGAUAGACCAGAAACGUAGCACCAAAGGCAAAUAAUUCUGCCCUAGGCAAGCAUGUAAGGCCAACAAAAUGGAAGCAUCGUCAGCCCUGCCCAUAACAGGGAAGAAAGCCUGAGUAUCUGCUUGUAAUUCCUAUUUAUUAAAUAGCAAUAAAAUCUCUGAACAAACAUGAACUCAUCAUAAUCUAUUCACCGCUGGUUGAAUGUGGCUUCUUCAUUUUAUAGCUGGACUCUGUUACACUGUUUCUUUUCCGAAAUGCAUACUAACAAUUAUUUACAACCGAACGUAGACAUCAUCUUAUACGUGUCGUAACGUCCCUUGCUAUUCUGACCAGCAUGGCACUUAAGGGCGAGUGGCAGACUGUUUCACAUGCUAAAGGAAAGAAGAUCACUUCCCAUGGAGCUGGAUCAGUGUGUAAACCAGUGCUGACAGAGAUCAGCAUGUUCUGCAGCAAGUGCUUGGCUUUGAAAAGAUUCUUGAUAAUUUAAUGGUUACUCAUAACUAUAUAAGCUACAAGUAAAGUAAUCUCGUGCAUCAGGGCAUUACCUGACCAGUGCAACAUUCAGAAGGAAAUCCUUGGCCCUUCUACUUCUAUAUGUAGUAUUGCACUAUUAGUUCUAACUCUAGUCUCAGUGUACCAUGAUGUACAGAUACUCUCACUAAGGGAUGACCUUGAGCAAUUCAGGCUGACUGUGAAUGUACUCUAUUCAGUUUUGUACCAGGGAAGACUUAUCCUGCCCACUGACUUCUGUGAAGUUACUGUGUUUCACCUUCAUGUGAGAUAGAGCUGAACCAAAUGCUUUAUUUUCUCUUUUGCUUUUCUCUGAAUAAUCAAGUACAAACCACGGCUGGAAGCAAGAGUCUAUUUCAAAAAAAUCGUGGUGAUUCUCUGCGCUAGAAAACUAAGUAUAUUUGAUGCAAACAUGUAUUAUAUUUU